GGGCUGUCCAUCGCUCAGCUCAUCGACGUGGAUGAGAAGAACCAGAUGAUGACCACCAAUGUCUGGCUAAAGCAGGUGAGGGCCCCUCCUCCAGUCCAGGCGGGAGGGGAUGGGGAACCGUGGACCCCAGAGCCCCCCAGGAUUUCUUUGCUAGUGAGAGACCAGGGAACAGCAAGACCCUGAACUCACAGUUUACCAAGCAGGUGCCACGUGGGGUGUUCCCAAAGCCGACUUUUUCCACAGGGCCUGUGCUCUGUGGCUGGACUUGAGUCUAGUGCCUGAGAAGGUUGCCUCCCUGCUACUUGGGAAUCCUCCCCAAACUCCCACGGGGGGUUCAUUCUGCCCCUUUUAUAGCCCAGGAAAGCAGGAAGCAGAUAGCAGCUGGGCUGGAAAAGGGGGCCCAGCUGUUCCUGACUCCAAGCCCCAGGCUUCUCCUACAGGAGAACGCUGAGUGCUUAAUGUCUGUGCCGGCCACCCAAAUACCCCAAACUUACAGGCUCCCAGCAGCUGCCAGCUCACUGGAUCUCACGGCUUUAGGGCCAGGAAUAUGGGCGGUUUCUUCUGCUUUAUAUGGCGACCACUAGGAUUACUUGGUGGUAUAUAACUGAGGGUUCUUCUGCUCUGGAGGGUCUAGGACAGCUUAAUUCACACAUCUGUCCCUUAGCAGGGAUGUCUGGAAGGCUCUGGAAGGUUCUGGAAGGCUGGACUCAGAUGGGCCCCUCACCCUCUUCAGGCACCCUCAGGGUCUCUCCAGCAGGGGAGUCGGACUUCUUGCCUCGUGGCUCAGGGAUUCCUGAGUGAGGGACCCAAGAUACAGGAAAUAAAAGACACGGGCCAGCAUUAAUCUUGUUGUAUACUACUGGUCAAGAUGGUCUUGGAGCCCAGUUAGACUAAGGAAAGGGAGCAUGGAUCCUGCUUAGGUUGGAGGCUUCCCUCCCUCUGAGGCCGUCACCUAGGCGCUGUUAGGGGUCACUUGGCUCAUCUUACGGAUGUGCCAACUGAGGGCCAGAGGGAAGCAGGAACUUGGAAGCUACCCAGUCAUGCCGUGUGUGUAUGCAGGGAGGCAGGCCUUGAACCUGGUUGCCACAAUCGUCCCCAGAGGUUGGUCGCCUGGGCUUCAGGGUUGGGGUGGCAGGGCAAGGAAGGAGUACUGGAGUUGAGUCAGGCCAAUCAGCAAUGCCUCUGAUUGGCUAGUGAUACUGGGUGAGCUAUGUAACCGCUCAGAGCCUCAGUUUCCUCAUCUGCAAAGUGGGGAUAACACAUUCUACUGCCACAUACCUGGGAGGAUUAAUGUACCCCAGUGUGGUAGGGGUGCCUCGAAAUGCUGGUUGGACCUGAAACUUGACAGAUGGACUAUGGAGAGAGACUAGGAACCGGAUGGAGGAAUGGAGUGACCACAAACUGCGCUGGAACCCUGCAGAUUUCGGCAACAUCACAUCCCUCCGGGUCCCUUCCGAGAUGAUCUGGAUCCCAGACAUUGUCCUCUACAACAAUGCAGAUGGGGAGUUUGCAGUGACCCACAUGACCAAGGCCCACCUCUUCUCCACGGGCACUGUGCACUGGGUGCCCCCGGCCAUCUACAAGAGCUCCUGCAGCAUCGACGUCACCUUCUUCCCCUUCGACCAGCAGAACUGCAAGAUGAAGUUCGGCUCCUGGACCUACGACAAGGCCAAGAUCGACCUGGAGCAGAUGGAGCAGACAGUGGACCUGAAAGACUACUGGGAGAGCGGCGAGUGGGCCAUCGUCAAUGCCACGGGCACCUACAACAGCAAGAAGUACGACUGCUGCGCCGAGAUCUACCCCGACGUCACCUACGCCUUCGUCAUCCGGCGGUUGCCCCUCUUCUACACCAUCAACCUCAUCAUCCCCUGCCUGCUCAUCUCCUGCCUCACCGUGCUGGUCUUCUACCUGCCCUCCGACUGCGGCGAGAAGAUCACGCUGUGCAUCUCCGUGCUGCUGUCGCUCACCGUCUUCCUGCUGCUCAUCACCGAGAUCAUCCCAUCCACCUCGCUGGUCAUCCCGCUCAUUGGCGAGUACCUGCUGUUCACCAUGAUCUUCGUCACCCUGUCCAUCGUCAUCACCGUCUUCGUGCUGAACGUGCAUCACCGCUCCCCCAGCACCCACACCAUGCCCCGCUGGGUAAGGGGGGCCCUUCUGGGCUGUGUGCCCCGGUGGCUUCUGAUGAACCGGCCCCCACCGCCCUUGGAGCUCUGCCAUCCCCCAGGCCUGAAGCUCAGCCCUUCUUAUCACUGGCUGGAGACCAAUGUGGAUGUGGAGGAGCAGGAGGUGGUGGUAGAGGAGGAGGACAGAUGGGCAUGUGCAGGUCACAUGGCCCCCUCCAUGGGCACUCUCUGCAGCCACAACCACCUGCACUCCGGGGCCUCAAGUCCCAAGGCUGAAGCUCUGCUGCAGGAGGGUGAGCCGCUGCUGUCACCCCACAUGCAGAAGGCACUGGAAGGCGUGCACUACAUUGCUGACCACCUGCGGUCCGAGGAUGCUGACUCUUCGGUGAAGGAGGACUGGAAGUACGUCGCCAUGGUCAUCGACAGGAUCUUCCUCUGGCUGUUUAUCAUCGUCUGUUUCCUGGGGACCAUUGGCCUCUUCCUGCCUCCGUUCCUAGCUGGAAUGAUCUGACCGCACCUCUCUCGAGUUGGCUCCCAGGGCACCCCUGCUGACCAUCUUUUGACCAUCUCUGCUGCAGCUGCCUCUAGUGUCCCCUUUGGGGUCGGCAGGUGCCUCUCCGUGGAGUCCUGACCCUGGCCCCGGCAUCAAAGGCUUCCAUCCAGCUUAACAGGAUUGUUCCAGGGCUGAGAGCCUGCUAGAUGAAAAGCUCUGUUUGGGAUGCUGAGGAGCUAGGGAGGCUCUGCAGAAGGUCACAAGAUGGUGGUGACCAAGUGGAGCAGAGUCAGAUUUUCCUGGAGGAGCAGUGCAGAUCCCAAGUGACAGAAGAGUCAACCCGCGGGAUGCUGGGGCCAGGGUGAUGAGGAAGGGAAGGAAGACCUCAAAGGAGGGGUCGUGGGGCAAAGGGGAGGGUUCCUUGGGGUGGAAGGGCUCUGAACCAUGUUUGGAUUUGGGAAUGAGCCCAAAGUGCCAGAACAGCCGGGAGAGGUGGGAGCUUGGAGAGCCAGGUGGGGUCUCUCUAAGCCAGGCUGGGGAUGAAGUUCAGAGUCUGUCCAAGUCUGCAGGGCUCUGAGCUGGACGGUCCAGCAGGGGAGUGAUACAGGCUCUUCCGGAAACGGGAGUAAGUGGGAGGCAGGGCCUGCGUGUGGGGUGGAUCUUCCCUAAAGGGGAGGGAUGGAUGGUUGGAUACAGGUGACUGGGCCAUCCCAUCCACCUGGAAGCACCUUGGAGCCCCCAGGCUUCUUUUUGACGUCACUCCCCUGCCUUCCUUGCUGCAAAGUGGCCGUGCACCAGCAAACCCCAGGAGGUCUGGCACAGCUGAGAGCCACGGCCUGCGGGGGCUCCAUAUGUCCCUACACAUGCAGCGGCCAAACAAGAAAGACCAUCCUGAGCUGCUCCUGACCCAACUCAGACUCGUCUUGUUUGCCCUGCCCUUCCUCCCUCCUCCUCUCCUCCCCUCCUCCCGUUCCCGUCUCCCCAGGCACCCCGUUCCCUAUACCUGGCUCCAUCAGAAGGAGGCCUCACUUGGGAGCUGCUUUGCCUUUAGCUCCUUUGAUUCUAAACUUCUCAAGGGCAGGGCCUCUGCCUGUUACUUUUCCCACCCCCAGCACCCAGAAUGGCGCAGGGUGAGUGCUGCACUCAAGGCAUUUGCUCUGACUGGUUGAGGAGAGCAAGCUGGCUUGUUUGGGCCCCAAGACUGCUGUGCAGAUGGCAAAAGCUGUGGUCCCGUUCCUUCCCAGCCUGCCCCAUCUCCUCCAGAGCCCCGAGGUGUGUUGACCUGCCCUGAACCAUUCAGAGCAGCCUGUGUGUGCACCUUGGAAAGCAUCUGGAAGCCCAGGCUGAACAGCUGCUCCUGGGAUCACGGACCAGACCUCUCCCCGGCUCUGUCCAGACCCGAGUGUGAUCUUGGCAGCUAACAGAUAUAGCCACUGGGUUCUCACGACGGCAUGGAGGCUCCAGGCAGGAAGCUGAGCAGGGGGAGCUUCCAGUUUUUCUGGUCCUAGGGGUCCCCUCCUUCCAAACCCUGAAGUGUCUCUCCCUGACACUCCCAGGGGACACCUGCCUGCCUUUGACACCCUGGCCCAGGCCCCACCACAACUCGCCUCUCUCCCACAACCUCCUGCUCAUGGCUCAUCUGGUCUCUGGCUCCUGUCUUACUUCUGUGCACGCAGCCCCCGGCCUCCCCUCUCCUCCCACCUGUUCUUCGGAGGCCUCAGAGCUCUCAGGUCCAGGCUCCCAGACCCGCUGUCCUGGGACAGUGAUGUUCGCUCCUGUUAUCCACAUCUCCCAUCCACCUUGCAUGUGAUAAAGAGAGUAAAUAAAGCUGCAUCUACUGCU